CAACGAGUUUUCAACGAGUGGAGUGCACGCAUCUAAAUAAAAAAACCACCACGUUUGACAACAAAUCAUACAUACGCAAAUAAAUACAAAAACAUUAUAAUAUAGUAUUCAAUUUCAAAGAACCAAGAACCUAUUGCUAAUUACUUUUCUGAUUAUCACUUCAACCAAUCUCAAAAUCAAGCAAAGAAAAUUAAUUCAACAAGAAAGCAGGUUUGUAAUAUGGGAAAUACAGAAUCAAUGUCUGAACCUCAACAUGAAUUUUACUAUCAACACCCUCCUGCUAAUUAUGAUGGAAGUUCUGUGAGUAAUAGCGUUCAUCAACCUUCUUCUUAUGCUGGAAGUUUGGAUAAUGAUCAACCCUCUUCUUAUACUGGAAGUUCAGGGAAUACUAUUACUAACCAUCAUCAACCGUCUUCAUAUGCUGCUGCUACGAGUUCGACGAAUACUUACGAUCGUCGGAACAAGCAACCCACAUAUAUAGCUGACAAUUUCAGCUCAUUGGAACAGGUUGUUUCUGCUUUAAGAGAAGCUGGUUUGGAAUCGUCGAAUUUAAUACUUGGUAUUGAUUUGACCAAAAGCAAUGAGUGGACAGGUAAGUAUGCGUUUCACCGGAAGAGUCUUCAUCAUAUCGGAAGCACGCCUAAUCCGUAUGAGCAAGCAAUAUCGAUAAUUGGGCAUACACUGUCUACUUUUGAUGAAGAUAAUUUGAUACCGUGUUUUGGGUUUGGUGAUGCUUCUACGCACGAGAAGAAUGUGUUCAGUUUUUAUCCCGGGAAUAAAGUAUGUCAUGGUUUUGAGGAAGUACUUGCGCGCUAUAGACAGAUUGCUCCACUCUUGAAACUGUCAGGGCCAACAUCAUUUGCCCCUGUAAUUGAUGCGGCAAUUGACAUUGUGGAAAGUAACAACGGUCAAUAUCAUGUUCUUGUCAUUAUUGCUGAUGGCCAGGUUUCUAGAAAUCCUGGCACACCGCAUGGAAAGUUUAGUCCACAAGAACAAGCAACGAUUAGUUCCAUAAUUGCUGCAAGUCAUUAUCCUCUCUCCAUUAUUUUGGUUGGAGUUGGAGAUGGUCCAUGGGACGAAAUGAAGCACUUUGAUGAUAACAUUACUGGACGCUUAUUUGACAACUUUCAGUUUGUAAACUUCACAAAGAUCAUGUCUGAGAACACAGAAGCAUCCAAGAAGGAAACAGCAUUUGCACUUGCAGCCCUUAUGGAGAUUCCAUUUCAGUACCGGGCAGCUCAAAAUAUACAACUUUCCAACGAACAUGUUCGUCAUCAACAUAAAAGACCUCUCCCUCCACCGAAGGAAGUAAUAGAUCAUGAUAAUGCAUUCAUAGCGACUCCACGCGUGACAAAUUUCGAUCUGGUUGAACCAGCAGCUCCAGCCAGUGCAGAACCGGUAUGUCCCAUUUGCUUAACCAAUCCGAAGGACAUGGCUUUUGGAUGCGGUCAUACUACUUGCAAGGAGUGUGGAGCCACAUUAUCUUCGUGCCCUAUGUGCAGGCAACAAAUUACAACUCGCUUGAGAUUAUACACUUAAGUCAAACUUCUUGCUAAUUUAUUCUAUUACAGUAUAUGACAUUGAUGGUUAUAGUAGUAAAUAGUACCAUUAUUUCUUUACAGUUCAGCCUAGCAAUGAGAUGUAUAGAAAUGUUGAGUGUAAAUGUAAUGCUAGAUUAUUUUUGUACCCAAAAAUAUAUAUGUUGAUUAUUUUUAGUGUAUAGAAUAAAUCUAACCCAAAAAAAGCCUCUAAUGUUGCUAUACAUUGACAUUCUGAAAUUUACCUCAAAUUUGAGAUCCAUCAGUCAUGUACUUAUACAUUUAACGUGUUAAUUAACUUACAUUUGUUGUCAAUUGUGGAUAGUAAAAAUAGUAGAAAUUUUAAUAUGCAAUUAGCUUAUUUGACAACAUUUUGUACUAUCGAUAGACUAUCACAACAGUAGCAGUGUUCAAAAGUCUUUUACAAACAUUGAAACAUGUUAAAGUCGUGGACUUAAAUGGUCAAAAAAUACUACAAUUGAAAAGUGUUUAGGAAGAAUCCAUUUUACAUGUGCUUCGCCAACCAUUUUUUUCCUUGUAACAGCUGGUCAAUCUUUGCGCCAUAUUGUGGGUGAGGCAGUUGACUAUAUGCUUACACAUUAAUAUUAAACUCAUUGGAGGCGUGAUACACAACCUACAAAGACUGUGAAUGUUGACUAAUGGUUUUCACCAUUAAGGGUCUGUUUGGUAAAAAUAACGGUUGACUAAUAAGCUAGCUGAUAGUUUAUAGCUUAUGACUGAUGGCUGAUGACUUAUAGCUUAUAGCGGAUGGUUGAGACUGAUAGCUUAUAAGCUAAUUGAAGUGUUUGGUAAAAUUUGCGGUUCAAUUAAUUUAUAAAUGUAAAAUGACAUAAAAGAUAUUUAAUAUAUAUUCAACUUAUUUUAAAUUAAAAUAAAUUAUAAGGGUUAAAAAUGGAUUUUAAUUAAAAUAAUAAGGAUAAAAAAGGAAGAAAAAAUGAUAAGCUAUAAGACAUAAGCUAAAACGCUAUUUGAAAUGGCAUCUGGAAAAUAAGCUAUAAGCUAGUAAAAUAAGCUAUAAGCUCGUGAUGAAAAGACUGUUACCAAACGAGUCUAAAUUAUCAUAUGAGCUUAUAAGACAUAAGACAUAAGUUAUAAGCUCGAAAACAUGGCUUACCAAACAGAGCCUAAAUAUGAUCUUUGUUAUACAUUACAAAGGGAUUUGUGCAAGAAUGACAAGAAUUAACACGAGCAGAACAUCUCAAGCAAAUAAAUAAUUAUACAUUUGGUCUUUUGGACGAAUACAUGGGCCAACUGGAUAUUAAAUCAAAUCAGUAGAUAUAACUCAUUCUUUGAUUUAGUUUCAUGAUAAAUAGUACAAAGAAGCAUUUCUCAUUAAAUAUAUUUAAAUAUAUAGUUACUAUAUGCAACAGAUUAAGAUUACAAAUUACAAUUUUUUUAAAGAUUGCAAACAAAAUUCUCAACUUUGGAGCAAUCUUACUAGUGUCCUAAGUUCGAAAAAUCCUAAAUUUACAACACCACACCUCUUCUUUAAUGGCUUCUCUUAAUAUCCACCAUGCAAAAACUUCAGCCAUCUGCAACAUGAAGGGGAUACGAAAACAGUCACACAUGCAGGUCCCAGGACUCCACCUCCAAAUAUGUUCUGUCAGUUCUCAUAACUCU